AUGAGCCAGCCUGCCACUCGGACUGCUGAUACCCAGCCUGCAGGAUCAACUUUGAAGUUGACCAAGCAUGAGAUGGAUGCGAUUCACCGCCAUGAGUUUGGACCCCGUUUGCUGACCCUGAUUCACCAGCGUCGCUGGCCUGACCUGCUGCGUGAACGGGCUGGUUGCUCAUACCUGUCCAGACACUGCCUGCUUUGCGGUCAGUACGUUGGUAGGGCUCAGGCAAUGCAUCAACAUGUGAGAAUGAUGCACAAUGCAUAUAGCUCCCUGGUGCAGACGAAGGCAACCCAGUUGACCAACUUGCAUAGCGAUGAAACACCAUGCUCUGCCUGCGGAGUGACUUUCAUUUCGUCACGCUCUUGCAAUGUCUGGUUUCAGGUAGCCUUGUUGAUAGUGCAUGGCCCUAAGCCCACGCAUGGUGCUGUGGAAUCACCUCCUGAUGGACUGCAAUGUGAAAUCUGUGGCCAGCAAUGUGCCACGACUCAGGAGAUGCACCGCCACUUGCAACAGGAACACAAGCUGGUGAGCUCAGUUUGGCAUGAGAGCCGUGAUAGCUUUCAGGGUGAACCGGUGUGCAAUCACUGCCACAUGCUUUUCCAGACGAUGGAAGGCCUUCGUAGCCACAUCAACCAGGGGCGCUGCUUGCAAUAUGACCCAGAUGCCUCUACAAUGCCUUCAGCAGUCUUGAGCACAUGGAAAUCAGCUUGCUGCAAUGGACAGUUUGAGUCAAUUUUGUCGGACUCCCGCAACAGGAUGAGAUUGACACUGCAUUGCCAAUGCUGUCCCAAACGAUGCACUCGAUCUGCGGACCUGUCGGCCCACUUGCAAAGUUCUCACUCCAGCCUUUGGAAUGAGGCCCAGCCGUUGGUGCACUACAUGGUCCAGAGGUACUACAAGACCUUGGGCUGCAUUUGCAACCCGUCUUGCAAUGUGGUUCGAUUGCAACAUAUAUGCCUGCCAUUUUGGCAACUGGCAAUGCAAUUCCACCGGCUUCCCAUGGCCAUCUUCAUGCCGGCCAAGCUGACCAUGACCGAACUAGCCAGGGCUCUCCCACAGCACAUUCCUGCUGAUUUGCGCUGCGCAGUGGAACAGGCUCUCUUGCGGUACGACCUUGGGACGCUCUGGACAGAUGCCUUGCUUUUGGAUGCCUGCAGCAGCACUUGCUUCUUUUGUGGCAUUGACCUGCUGGCGAUGGAUCUUUUCUAUCAUUUGCAUGAGGCACACCAGGGAAUGCAUCCGGUUGUAAAGACAUAUGUUGCACAACUGCUUCAACAUGCCAUGGAUCACAGUGACAAUGAUUGUGCCUGUUUUGCAUGUGGCCAGAUUUCAAUACACCGGCUGUUGAGCCUGCGUCCCAAACCUGCCCAUCCAGACAGCAGCUGGUUCAAGCUCACUUGCGAGCUCAGUGUCCGAGCAUUUUGCAACUUGCGUUAUUGCUCACACACGUUCAUCAUGGAACUCCAAGAUUGGCAGAUGGGCCAAGAGGGAGCCUUGAGCCAGAUGCUGCAGACCUUCCAAAACCUGGCGCCGAUGCUGGACACAGGGCUGAAGCUUUCUCCCAACCCAGCGGCGCCCAAACGACAACGCAGACAGGACGGGGCCAUAAAGCCAAAAGAAGAAAGCUCUCAGCAGGGGCACGGGCAAGACGCCCAUCUCGACCAACAAAAACUGCUGAUCCUGAUGGCCAAGCUGCUGCUUCGGGUGGACCGAGACUUGCAGGUGAUCCAUCGAGAGACAACAUUCAUCUUCUACUUCAGCUGCAAGGAUCCAAAGGGCGUUCUCCCACUGAUGCUGCAAGAGGCGGAGACCUGGCAUCAAGCAUCCACGGAGAAUGCAUCGACGUGGAAGAGACCCCUGCGCCAGGUUUUGCUCCAGACCCUGCUCACAGCGCUGACGACUCGGGUCCACAAGCUUCUGGAGGCCCCGGAGGAUUCCCCACUGAUGGAGGCGGCCAAGAGCUCCAGGAUUCUCUUGGAGAACAAGACCAUACCAUUCAUGGAAUGGAACCCGCAGGAACAGAAGCUCCAGGUCUCACAGAAGACGCCCGUCAGUCUGGCCAAAAUGAGCGAGCACUGUCUGGAACUCCAGGACGGCUUCAAGGAUCCAACCUUGAUUCAGAAGUUCCACUCACUGCCGGCAAAACCGGACUCAGCAGUGACACCAUGGAGACUUCAGAUGUCAUCCCGGGAGGCCAGGACCUACGAACUCAUGCUCCAUCUUGCGUACUCCCAGGUCUGGACGCUCUUGGCCACCAGUCUCAAGCAGCACAACCUGUACCAGAGUUCCCUGGCGGCCACCAUCGAGCAGAAUCUGGGACUCCGCCCCAAGGGACAGGGGAAAGGGAAGCAGAAAGGGAAGGGUCACAAGGCCAACCAGGCCAAACCAGACUCUUCGGAGUUUGUUCAAGUUUGGCUGAAUGAGCUACAGUCUUCUGCCUUCCAAAUGCAGUGGGAAAAGCGGAUGACAGUGACAGAAUAUACUCAUACGCUUGAUUCUAGCCAUGAACCAUAUGCUCCGAUUUGCUUGAAGUUUGAUGAAACCCAGAUUCUCUUGCCACAUUGCUCCAUGAAUUCACUGAUCGGCACCUGGCAGCAGGUGGAUGGGAUGCACACGGCUCUGCUCCAUCCGACCACCUGUAUCUGCGCUCACGUGGACAGAUGCGUGAUGGGCCCAGAUAUGACAGUUCACAAGUGCCUGAGCAGGAUUCAGCUUGAUGAAGAGUGUUUCUUUCCGGUCUUUGCAGAUGGGACGAUUCAGAGUGAUUUUCAUGCCUACACUGUCAUUGCGGCAAUGGCUCAUCUGGGACAUGAUGGCUCCGGGCAUUACAGGGCUGCUUUGCGUCUUCGUCCCAUGGUCCAAAAUCACACAAAUCCCAUUCAAUGGCUGGUCACAGAUGACUGGCGUGCACCGGAGGCGGUCUGGACCCUCCAAGAUUGGUUGCUUGAGAAUGUGACGUUGGUUUGGCUGGCGAGAUCAGAUUCCAUUCGCCUGCCAUUUUACCGACAGGACAUGCAGCUGCCUCGAACCUCAGUGACUGAAUUUUUGGACAUGCUUACGGACCCAAGCACGUGA